AUCUGUCAUAUGGGGUCGAGAAAGGCGCCGUGUUGGGUUCUUUUGAGCCAACACGGGCGCCUCUAAUCACUAACAAAUUGUAUCCAUGAAAAAUCAGUUGUAACAGUGAAUUAAGUGGAACGCUUGACGACAACAGCUGUUCGAAAGAUCUGCACUCAUUGAGAUAAAUAAAAUUCAUUAGUUUAUACUCUCGGUGAAAGUUCGUCGCGAGUGCUCAUGCACUCACUCGAGGGUGGAUGGGGGACAAAUUAGUGGCAAAUAUGGGUCACUUUCACGGUGGCGAUGUAGUUUUUCGAGAGUGAUAUCGAUCCAGUGGUCGUUUUGGUGAUAACCGGAAGUGGAUCUAGUGCUUAAGAUGGCGGCGUCAAAAGCACCGGAAAUGAACUACACGUGCGAGAUAUGUGGAUUGGAGGGAUUCAAUGAUGAAGAGAUGAGAUCGCACAUGGUUAUUUAUCAUCUGCAGGGGGCUGCUAGCUGUCCCUUCUGCGAUUUGGGAGAAAUUUCACCGGCUGAAAUGUUGCUGCAUGUUAAUAGCGCCCAUUUGGAUUAUCUCACGCCGAGCACUCCGGAAAACGAUAAGAUGGCGUUCAUCGACGACGACUCUACGAUGGAGGACUCGGUGAAGGAGGACGACAUCACCCAGGAUUUAUCCUCUGAAUUAUUAAAUCGUUCGAUGGAAUCCCAUCAAUCACAUCUUGUCAAUGGCUGGAGUGACACUAGCAGAGGUGGCGAUUCCUCCAGGGACUCCAAAGCACCUAGUCCACUACCCAGCCCCAUAUCGAAUAACAAUAACAAUAAUAUUAACAAUGCGGCGAGUGUGGCAGGAGGAGCAAAUGUCAACAGUGAAUCAUCAGCAGGUCAUGGCUCUCCUCUACGGACAAGCUUGAACCUCCAAUUGCGGUCUUACGCAUCCCCAAAGCCGCGUGUCCAGGAGUGCCCGAUGUGCCCCUACAGUUCCGACAGUCCCCUCCGCCUAGAGGAGCACAUAAACCGUCAGCACUUCGACCUGACCUCGCCCUCAUUUCCCCCAGAGUCCCCCCCAAGUCGUGACAGUGUUUUCAGUUGCCCUCUGUGCGUCACCUCCUUUCCCAAUUCAUCUGACCUAGAGCUCCACGUCAACAUCGAACACAAGGACAUCCUCAGCCCUGCCAAGGGCUCAGGGGAACGAUCGGACGUAGCCUCCAGUGAGCCUGACACACCAACAUGUCCGGUAUGCCUAAGUACAUCCUUCAGAACGAGUGAAGAACUGACAAUUCACAUCGAGGAGCACUUCUCGAAGAAGGGGACGCCCUCACCAAUCACUCCAGACUCCUCCUCGGACAGACUUCUAGCGAGGGAUAUGGAGAGAAGGGAGAAAGAAGUCAGGAAACUCAGGGAGCAGAGGGAAUUUGAAAUGCUCAGGGCGCAGUAUGGAAUGGACAAUCAGGGUAAUUUCAGGGAGCAGAGUGUCACCAAUAUGCAGAGGGCUGUCUAUGCUGGGGAAAUGUCGGUUGCUGAUUUUUACGAGAGGCAGAUUGAACUCAAAGCUGCUGAGCACAACGGCAUUGAUGAUUGCAGUUCUUGCACUAGAGGUCUGGUACCAAAAGUGAGAGCAGUGAGUCAAGGAUGCAGCAACGUGAUAAACACCUGGAUGUGCUCAACAGUCGAUCAUUACGCGUCGACAUACGGGGAUAAGGGCUGGGGUUGUGGUUACAGAAAUAUCCAGAUGAUGAUUUCAUCGCUAUUGCAGCACACUGGGUACAAUGAGCUGGUCUACCGAGCCUGGAGCUCGGUGGGCAACACUGGCUCUGACAAUCCCCUGAGGAGCUCAAUGCCAUCGAUCUCCAGACUCCAGAGGAUGAUCGAGUGGGCCUGGGCCCAGGGGUUCGACGUCCAAGGGGCUGAGCAGCUCGGAGGAAAGCUAGUUAACACUAGAAAGUGGAUCGGGGCCACUGAGGUCGUUACUCUGUUCUCCAGUCUAAGGAUAAGGUGUCAGCUUGUGGAUUUUCAUCGACCUACUGGCUCCGAUGGAAGUCACCUAGAAAUGUUCAACUGGGUCCUCCAAUAUUUCCAAAAGAGCGAUGACUUCAAACCCCCAAUUUACCUUCAGCAUCAGGGUCACAGUAGAACGAUAAUGGGAGUGGAGCAGCUGCGUGAUGGAUCUAUAACGAUGCUAGUACUUGAUCCCAGUCACACACCCCUGCAGAUGGGACAGUUCAAUAGUACAUCCAGUGCACCAGGUGCCAUGAGACUCAUUAGAAAAUCAACUGCUGCCAUGAAGGCCAGGCAGUACCAAACUGUUGCUGUUGUUGGAACGAUGGAGUCUGAAUCUCGUUAUCAGUUAAGCAAAGUAUUGAGAACACUUCGAAUUCCCGAAGAGAGAUGAGAAUUACCAGAAACUCCGGGACCUCAUCGUCUCUUGAUCCUAGUGUGUUAAUUAAUAAAUUGAAAUCUGGCAAGGAUCACUUGUCUGACAUCAGUAAAUUCAAAAAUUCAAGAUUGACGAGAAAGAAUCCAAAAAAUUGGGACAAGCACUGCUCAACAUAUUUUCGACUCAAGGGACAAGAAAAAAAAAAUCGAAAUAAUGAAUCCUCGUGGCUGGACUCGAGGUUUAAUCAUCGAAAGAAGAUCAAAUUUUCAUUGAAAAUAGAAGAAAAAUAUUCUCUCUCACUGUUCAAUUUCCAGUAAUACGAAAGUAUCAAUUAAAUCCCCUCCCCCCCUCCCGAAUUUUCAUCAUUUUAAAAAUCCAAUUAGUCAAUAAUUGCUUAGCCCAGUUGAGCGUUGAACUAUAAAUUAAACAGAAAUGAAAAUUGUUAAUUAUCACGAAAUAGACGAGCACCUAUUUGCCUCAUUAAUCGUUCACUGAACACGAAGAAAGAGAUAAUUAAAAUAAAGGAGAAGAAUGAGAAAAUGAAUUCAUAAAGUACAACUAUACUUUCAUACUUCUAGAAUAAUUUAUGAUAAAUAAAUCAUUGAUAAAUAAUUCAAUUUAAAAUACAAUUUUCUUUCCUCAUAUUUCAGUAAUUAUUAUAUGAAUUUACAUAUGUUUUUGGAGGCGUUCAGUCGAGUGUUGAUUGCUUUUUAAUUGUCUGAUGCUCCAAAUAUUCAGUAAUAUCGAGAGAUUCCUCAUUUCUAUCGAUUCAAGUGUUCAGAAUUUAUUUCUAGUAAUUGUUUUCAUGAAUUCGUAAUUGUUUUUCAUGAUCAAUGAUAGAUGUUGAUUAAUUAUUAGAUAUUGACGAAGGCUGUUACCAUUUAUUCCCUCAGUGGAUUACUCUUGCUCGUUUUAUUAGCAUUUGUCAUGAUUAAGUCGUUAGUCAAGUGGUAAAUAACAGAGGAUGAGUCCAGACAAAAUAAUCCAAUGAUUAUUUUAUGAAUAUGCUGAAUAAAAAUGUCGAAAUGAAUUUCCUCCAGACUGAAUGUUCAAAAUAUUUCUAAAAUAAAUCAGAUCAAAUUCGUGGACUGGCUCAGUUGUGCCAUUUUGCUAAGAAAAAAAUUGUUAAACCUGUCAUUUACUCAAUUAUCGUCAAUAUUUGUAAAUUAUAUGCUUUAAUAGAUUUUCCUUGAAUAAAAUUGACUAUUUAUAAUAAA